CUAGCCGAGUAAGCACUCAGGGCAGUAGCAGCGUCGUCACUGUGACCGCACUACUGUUCACACUUUAUGACACGGCGAUUUCACCGCUGUUCUAGUUCUCUUCCACCGCCAUACACAGCCACCGACAGUCCGCCACCGUCACGGCCGCCUCCUCCAACGCCAACCUUGACGCCGUUGCUAUCUCCGCUGCAGCAGAAUCACCAUGACAAGCCAGCAAUAUGCUCAGGUGUUCAAUUGGCACUAUACAGAGCUGGAUAACCAUAACCUCGAAGUCCGAAGCAGAAAAGUAUUGUUCAUCAUCUUUCUUUUCUGUUUGAUCCUUCUAAUUAUUCUUCUCUUCCUCUGCGCUCGAUGGAUCUGCCGGUACCGGGACCACCUUCCGACUACUUUCCACUCUAGUCAGGUGCGGCACGCGGCAUCUCCGCCGUCGCAAGGUCUCGACCUUGAUUCGAUCAAGAAAUUGCCGAUAAUCUUGCACCAGGCGCCGUCGGACUCCCAUUGCGCAUUGGAGGAAACAGAGUGUUGUAUUUGCCUUAGCGUGUUCGAAGAUGGCGAGAAAUUGAAGGUCUUGCCCGGAUGCAAUCAUUGUUUCCACUGUCAGUGUGUCGAUAACUGGCUUAUUAAUCACUCCAGUUGCCCACUCUGCAGAGCUUCUAUCAAAGUUGAAGUUGAUUCUUCGUUUCCAGAGAUUUUGAUUCAGGAACCACCAAUUAGAAUCGACCUUCAAUUCUAGUUAUGAUCUUCUCUUUUAGUUUUUUCCCCUUUCGGAUUUUGUUUACAAGAACAAAAUUGCUUCAGCUUGAUGCUGUUUUGAAUCAUGUAGAAAGAUUUGGUUAAUACUUGAUAAUUACAAGAAAUUAAAUGGAAUUGUGAAUGACUUUUCUGUGGUAAA